AUGAUUCACCAGUGCUUCUCCAGGAAAAUAGAAGCAUGUAUCAUCAAAAUUGAUUUCUGCAAAGCUUUUGACUGUGUCAGCUGGGAUUUCCUUAUCUCCCUCCUCAAUGCUAGGGGUUUUGGCAGCAAAUGGUUAUCAUGGAUAAAAUUCAUUAUGUUCUCUUCCUCAUCAUCAAUGCUAGUUAAUGGCACUCCCACAAACCCUUUCACCUGUCAUAGAGGUCUCAAGCAAGGAGAUCCUCUGUCUCUCAUGCUUUUCCUCCUCGUUGCCGAUGUCCUUUGUAGAAUGCUUCACAAUAGCUGCAACUAUGGAGACCUUUUAGAGCUACACCUCAAGUGUAUGCUCAAUGACAUCAAAUCAUUACAAUUCGCAGAUGACACUCUUAUUUUCUGUAAAGCUACCUCCUCUGACAUCUCCAACCUCAAGUCUAUCCUUUACCUAUUUGAAGAAGUCUCUGGUCUUGCCACCAACUUCUCUAAAUCCAACCUCUACUAUAGUAGCAAAUCUUCUCCUAAGGGGCUACUAUUGGCCAACAUCCUCAACUGCUCAUUUGCAUCUCCUCCUUUUAAAUAUCUCGGUCUCCUUUUGAGAAGAGGCUCUUUAUCUAGAGCCGACUGGCAACCUCUUCUAGACUCUCUCAACCAUAAACUCUCCCAAUGGAAAAGCAAACAUCUGCCUAUUGGCGGCAGAUUGGUGCUUCUUAAAUCAGUCCUCUCCUCCGUUUCGUUCUACUACAUAUCCUUCUUCAAGCUCCCCUCAUGGCUCAUCAAAAAUAUUGACAAAAUUAGACGUAACUUCCUUUGGGGAGGAUCUGCUGAUCAUAAUGCUGGCAAUCAUCCAGUCAGAUGGGGGACUAUUUGCUCUCCUAAAGUUUGUGGAGGACUGGGAGUCCUCAACCAUCUCUUCAAUAUUUCCCUCCUCUCCAAAUGA